AUGCUCGCGUCCAACGCGAGCCUGGGCGGCUGCGCGGAGUUCGGCGGCGCCCUGUGCGCCGGAGCCGGCGAAGGGCGCCCGGGGGGCGGCUCGCUCCGGACCACCCUCAGCCCGACGGGGCACCUGGUCGUGGCCGUGUGCCUCGGCUUCAUCGGAGCGCUCGGACUCCUCAACAACCUGCUGGUGCUGGUCCUGUUCUGCCGCUACAAGAUGCUGCGCUCCCCCAUCAACCUGCUGCUGGUCAACAUCUCCGUCAGCGACCUGCUGGUGUGCGUGCUCGGGACGCCGUUCAGCUUCGCGGCCAGCACGCAGGGACGCUGGCUCAUCGGCGCCGAGGGGUGCGUGUGGUACGGUUUCGCCAACUCCCUCUGCGGCAUCGUGUCCCUGAUUUCCUUGGCUGUCCUGUCCUAUGAGCGCUACAGCACCAUGGUAACCCCGACCGAGGCCGACUCCUCUAACUACCGCAAGACCUCCCUGGGCAUCCUUUUGUCCUGGAUCUACUCUCUCUUAUGGACCCUUCCACCGCUCUUUGGCUGGAGCCACUACGGUCCAGAGGGCCCCGGAACCACCUGCUCAGUCGACUGGACAGCGAAGACGGCGAAUAACAUAUCUUACAUCAUCUGCCUGUUUGUGUUCUGCCUCAUCGGACCUUUCCUGGUGAUCGUCUACUGCUACGGGAAACUGUUGUACGCCAUCAAACAGGUGAGCGGGAUCAACGCGUCGCUGAGCAGGAAGCGUGAGCAGCGCGUCCUGUUCAUGGUGGUGAUCAUGGUGAUCUGCUACCUGCUCUGCUGGAUGCCGUACGGGAUCAUGGCGCUGUUGGCCACCUUCGGGCCGCCCGGCCUGGUCACGCCCGAGGCGAGCAUCAUCCCCUCGGUGCUGGCCAAGGCGAGCACCGUCAUCAACCCGGUCAUCUACGUCUUCAUGAAUAAACAGUUCUACAGAUGUUUCCGAGCCCUGCUGCAUUGUGAAGCUCCGCGCAGAGGCUCCAGCAUGAAGAGCUCGUCCAAGGCGGCUACCAAAGCUGUGAAGGGGGCGGCGGUGACCGGCCCCCGCCGGACCGACGACUUGUUGUUUAUGGUCGCCUCUCUGGGCCAGCCGGCUGCCACCGUACCCCAGCUGGACCCGUCCUGUGAACCGACCAUUGACCUCACCAAAGCCCCGUCGUCUUACAACCAACCCGUGGUUGUGGUUUCGCUGAUGGCCCACUUUGAAGGCUGACACUUGGCUAUUGCUGUGAAAAUGUCAAAUCCCUGGAAAUCGUUAACAAUGUUGCAGGGCGGCGGACGUCGUCAUCUCUGCCUCGGCCUGCCUGGUGGUAGACUGGUGACUAAGGGAAACCGUGAAAUGCCUCUGGACAACGUGAGCAAAAACCCACUGCAGUGAACACACAGAACCUUUUGUUUGUCUGCAGAACACUUGACUUUUUGACUUUUCUUUCAAAGAAACAAACAAAAAAGGAGAAUUAUCUGGAUCAUUCAAAUGGCCUUACGUGUUUUCAAGCUGAACAUUGACUGAGGUAUAUUUUUCAACCGAUUUGUUACCAACAGCACAAGAAGAACCUGGGCAGUUUAUGACCCAAAGUAUUGUAAAGUUUUGUUACUCAGAGGUAAAGUUUUGACAAAAUGCUUGAGCACAAGAAAAAUACUGUACAAAUUAUUUUAGACCUUUAAUUUUUUAAAGCUUUCAACUUGCUGCAAUUUCACGGAAGGACGUCAACCUGCAUCAAACAACCUGGUUAUAAAUAGAGACUUGCUCUAUAUGUAGCACUGCUGAUGUAGCACGCUAACAACAUUAAAGUUCCUCCGGUGCAACAUGGCUUUGAGUGCCGUCUGUGCAUGGACACUGUUACUAGGCGGAACGGCAGAAUGAGGUUUAACUAUGACGAGAAGAAUCUUAAUAGCUUCACGUGGUGAUCUGUCCCCAAGCUUGCUUUUUUAAAAAUAAAUAAAUAAGGGAGAGGAUUAGCAAAACAAUUGAUCAUACUCUCAAAUUGAUUGUUUGAAGGAAUCAUGUGAUCCAAUCUCAGAUAAACAGGAGAGAACUGGAGCCAAAAUAAAAGGUAGCCCAUUCCAACAAACUAUAAAAUAUUGUACAACACAACACUGACUAUUACAAGGAUUUUUGUUUUUUUUUUUCUGUCGUUUUGGGCACUGACGGUCUGACAGGACAUUCCCCCCAGUGUAGAAGAGAACAUAAGUGCAACACUGAGCCUUUAUUUCGCCAGCUACUUGUGUGUGAGCUUCUAAGCUUGCAAACUUUACAGAUAAAUGGGGUAUUACUGCAGAUCACAGUAAUGCUUUUUGAAUUCUAAUGCAUUUGGAUCCAUAAGAUCAGUUGAACAACAGCAUAGAAAUCACUAUUUAUCUUCAUAAUACAUACCCUGUGUUAACUGUUAAUAUUAAUAAUAUUAUUUCUACGGUUAACGUAACAUUCAUCCUGCUUGAUGCAACUGAAACAACAAAAAAGUUGUUGGUUUGUGCAUGUGUGUUAGAUUGACCUCGUAAAGUUACAGAGGAUUGAAAGAAUGGUUCUGUGCAAAGGUAUCAGUCAGGAAAAAGAUACAAAACAAUGUCUAACGCAGAGCUUUGGUCUUAUGUAAUAUCUUGCAUUGUCCACAUGUUUAGCCUAAGCAGUAAGCUCUUCUCCUGCACAUCUGGAUUAAAUUACAUUCUGGUGACACCAAACGUGAAAUCUGGCUAUAAUAACGUGUUUGAGACGAAAACAUCACCAAAAGAACUCAGUGGCUCUACAGGAUAACAUGGUGGAGGCAGCAUUAUGCUCUGGGGGUUACGUUUUUAAAAAGUUUCGUUGAACAACGUGGACAAAAUUAUAAACCGUUUUCACACCUCUGUGCGGUUUCCCGUCCAGAGAUUGG